GGGGUUUGCUCGUCAUCCACGCUGGAUUCCACGUUUGGGCCUGCCCUUUACGAUUACCGUCCUCAUCGUGCUGCCCAGCGCUGGCGUCUACCAGUUCACCGUGGAUGUCAACCGGCGAUAACAAAACUGUACAACAUCAACGCCUUUUGACAUUUACUUGCUUCUAUCUCGCAGCACGCGAUACCGACCGAACACCUACAAGUCUGAGACGCAACCCAUCUUCACUCCACUCCACAUUCCAAGCCAUGAACACAGCACCCCCUUUACCAUCCUCCUCCUCAUCCAACCCUCCAAACCAAACCUCUCCGAGAACACCAGGACCCGCAUCGAGAAUUCUGUCUUCCAUGCGCAACCCCAAGGAAACGACAAGGAGAUGUUUCACGUAGCGGCAUGUAUUCUACCCCUGAAGAGCGUAACCCCUACUACCAAUCUCGCUCGCAUCACACCGAUGUAUAUGCUACCCGUCCUACCAUUGAGCAAAUAGCUAUGGGGUUGCACAUAUCUCGCACGCCUCACCUCAGACAAUCUGCGGGGCCGCAUCAACGGUACUCAGUUCCGAGUUUACCCACCAACCACCAUAAAUCCACGAAUUACAUCCCCCAUGUACCUACGAGUAGACGUUAUGAUUCAUCAUGCCCACCGUCUCCACGGCGAAGUCUUCCCCCACCACCUCCACGAUCCUCGCUGAAAAAAGUCGGUACUGACGUAUCCCUUCACGCACCAGCUACUUCGCCGGGCCUCCCUGCUGCCUCCCUCUCGACCUCCACGGUAGCUUCAAUUGGUCCUGCGACUCCGGAGUCGGCACGUUCAGUGCUCUCAUUCAGGGUUCGCAUGUCCAGAUUUCUUCCCAGCCUACGAUCCUCGUCUUCCGUCGCCUCCCCGGCGUCUUCUGUGAGCGAGGGGGUUCGACCACUGACGCCGAAGAAGGCAGUGCGGUUCUCGACGAGCGUGCUCGACCUUGAUGCAUCACUGCCUCACGCAUGAAUUGUUUAUUUAUACACACGACUAGACGUCGUAUAUUACUAUUCUGGAUGACCCCUUAUUUUUAUUUUCACUGCAUUAGCGACACUUGGACAAGGUCACUUUCUUACUGGGGGAAAAUGCGCGAGUCUUAGAAGAUCGUAUUCACAUUAUUUCGUAUGUUAACACUGUAGCCCAUUUUUCUACAUAGCCCGAAUGUUUUUUUACCAUUUAUUGGAAGAGUAUUGUCCGUUGACGUGCCCCUUGACCAUGCCCUAAA